UCACAUGAAGUCUAAUGACUUGUUAUAACAAUUUAAUGAUUUCAGAAGAAAGCUCAAAGCACAAAUUUAAUCAAAUGAAAUUACAAAAUGUCCAUAAAAAAAUAAAAUGAAAACAUAGAGUUCACCUUAAAAACAUAAUUCUGACAUAAAGACAAAAAUAAAUCUGACUUAGCAUUAAAAUAAAAUCUAAUAUAGAUGUAACACUAAUUAAGCAAUUCCAAAGAAUAAUUAAUUAUAAUCCUUCUCUAAAAAUCUUCAAUUAUAAUGCAUCACUCAUGAAAAAUUAUAAACUAAAGAGGAAAAUGCAUAAUCAUUUAAAUAUACUAAUCCCUCAGAUAAAAAAGAAAUUAUUGCCUAUAAUCUUUUUAAUCAAGAAUAACUGCAUCAAUUUUAUACUACUUUUUAAUCAAUAACAAAUGAAGAAGUUAAAUAAUUACCAAAUGAGUACAAAUAACUUCUAAAAUAGUUGGCACAAUUUGUAAAUAAAAAACUUCUUUAGUGA